AUGAAUAUUGUUAUUAAAUUUUGUGGCAUGAUGGCUGAGGUUAAAAACGUAGGCUUUGUCUUCUCUCUAGCCCUCAUCUUUCUCGUUGCUCCUAUUCAGUCUGAAGGCUCCACUUUCCCCGAGCAGAUACACAUAGCUGCUACAGAGGAUCCCACCAGUGUUAUUGUCACUUGGAUAACCUUUGCUUCUACUCCAGAUUCAACUGUUCUGUGGCGUCUACAUGGAUCAGCAAUAAAAUUGCAGCCAGUCUCGGGCUAUUCAACUAAUUUCAAUGAUGGAAAAGUCAAACGCUUUGUCCAUAGAGUCAAACUAAGUGACCUCAAGCCAUCAACUAAAUAUGAUUACCAGUGUGGUUCAUCAGCUAACUGGAGCUCACUGUACACAAUGCGUACUCUUGGAAGUGGACCAGACUAUUCUCCAGUCUUCCUGGUCUAUGGAGACUUUGGAUAUGACAAUGCUCAGUCAAUGUCCAGGAUACGAGCAGAAGUCAAUGCUGGAGGGAUUGAUGCUAUAUUGCAUGUAGGGGAUUUAGCUUAUGACAUAUUUGAGGACGAUGGAAGGAAAGGGGACAACUUUAUGAACAUGAUACAAAGUGUUGCAACACAGAUCCCAUACAUGACAUUGCCAGGAAAUCACGAGUACUAUCAAAAUUUCUCUGACUAUAGAAAUCGGUUUAGCAUGCCUGGUGGACAUGAAAGUAUUUUUUACAGUUUUGAUGUUGGAAAGGCACACAUCAUUAUGUUCUCAACAGAGGUGUAUUUGUUUAUUGAAUUUGGAGUCAAACAGAUCGGGAUCCAGUAUGAAUGGCUUGAACAAGAUCUCAAAAAAGCUACAACUCCUGAAGCAUUAGCUGAAAGGCCAUGGAUAAUUGCCAUGGCCCAUCAUCCAAUGUAUUGCUCAACUGUUAGCUUUGGUGACUGCAAUCGUAGAGCCAGCAUUAUUCGUGCUGGUACACUAGUGGCUCAUUCUGACCCAUUAGAGAAGCUAUUUUAUAAAUAUGGAGUGGACAUGUUUGUUUCUGGACAUAAGCACAUUUACGAGAGAAUGUGGCCACUCUAUGAUUACCAGGUACUAAAUGGAUCAUAUGAUGCUCCUUAUACUAAUCCCAAAGGAAUCGUGCAUUUAAUCACUGGAUCUGCUGGUUGCAGGGAGCGUCAUGAUACUUACAAUGAACAACCAGACUGGCUUGCAUUUGUUAAUGGUGAUUACGGGUUCACAAAAAUGACUGUUCACAAUGGAACGCAUGUUAGUUUUAAACAGAUCAGCGAUGAUCAGGAUGGAAAGAUUGUGGACUCCUUUACUGUAAUUAAAGAGAAACCAGGCUAUUACUGAACUGAACUAUAAUGCAUGCAUGCAUGCAAAUAGUGUACUUUUGAUGCAAAGCUUUUUAAAUUAUUUAAAUUUAUCAAGAGUAGAUUUACAUAAUUACAUAAAAUGAAAGUACUACAU